AAAAUUUAGAAACCACGUCAUCACCACAACAAUCCACCGGAGAGGAGGUAGCCAUAGCUCUCAGUGAAGACUCUCAACCGUCACAAAAUAGCUCACAUUCCGCUUUCAUGUCGAACGUCGUCGUUUUAGACAACGGCGGCGGUCUCCUCAAAGCCGGUGUUGGCGGCGACCUUGACCCCUCCGUCAUAAUUCCCAACUGCCUUUAUCGCCCUCUCUCCGCUAAGAAAUGGCUCCACCCUUCUCCAAUAUCCAUUUCCACUACCGCCACUGCCGCCACCGAACCCCUUUCCGAUCUCGACCUCACAUCAGCCUCCGUCCGCCGCCCAAUUGAUCGUGGGUAUCUAAUAAACCCCGACCUACAACGCGACAUUUGGUCUCACCUCUUCAGUUCUCUUCUUCACGUCAAUCCCUCUAAUUCCUCCCUCCUUUUGACAGAACCUCUCUUCACUCUCCCUUCCAUUCAACGCGCCACUGACGAACUCGUUUUCGAGGAUUUCAAUUUUUCUUCUCUCUAUGUUUCGGAUUCUCCAUCUUUAGUUCAUUUCUACGAGGCCAGCCGCCGCCCGACGAGCCUUCUAUCUAGGGCACAAUGUAGCCUUGUUGUUGACUGUGGGUUUUCGUUCACUCAUGCUGCUCCAGUGUUCCAGAACUUCACUCUGAACUAUGCUGUCAAAAGGAUCGACCUGGGUGGGAAGGCAUUGACGAAUUAUUUGAAGGAGUUAGUGUCUUAUCGUGCUUUGAAUGUUAUGGAUGAGACCUUCAUCAUGGAUGAUGUCAAAGAAAAGCUCUGCUUUGUCUCCCUCAAUGUCCCCCGCGACCUCCAGAUUGCGAGAAAACCGGGAAAGGAUAAUUUCUUCCGAUGUACAUAUGUUCUCCCUGAUGGCAUAUCGUAUACAAGGGGUUUUGUUAAAAAUCCAGAUGAAGCUAAGAGGUAUCUCUCCUUGACUGAUGAAAAAGCCUCAUCUCCAUCACUUGGAGUCAAGAAGGAUGCAAUUGAGCUAGAUGUAUCAGAAAAGACAGAAGAUAAGAAGAGAAUUGAUCUAACAAAAAAUGAAUUUGAUUUGACCAAUGAACGAUUCCUUGUUCCGGAAAUGAUAUUCCACCCUGCAGAUUUGGGAAUGAACCAGGCCGGUCUAGCAGAAUGCAUUGUUAGAGCUGUCAAUUCUUGCCAUCCUCAUCUGCACCCUGUGCUCUAUGAGAGUAUUGUUUUGACUGGUGGAAGCACUUUAUUUCACAAUUUUGCUGAGAGAUUAGAGAAGGAACUCCGUCCUCUUGUCCCAGACGAGUGUCAAGUGAAGAUAACAACUCAAGAAGAUCCCAUUUUAGGGGCAUGGAGAGGGGGAUCGCUACUAGCAUCUAGUCCUAGUUUUGAAGCAAUGUGUGUUACCAAGGCUGAAUACGAGGAACUUGGAUCUGCUCGGUGUCGGAAGAGAUUUUUACAUUGAGUGCUUGGAAACAUAAAGUUUCUUGUAGAUUUUCUCCAAGUUUUUGUGCAAAAACACGAUUGUGGACUUGGGGAGGAAGAAUAAACUGAUCACCCCAUAAUGAAGGAAGGUUCAAGCAAAGCUUCAGCGGCGGCUCAAUCAGGCAGAUAAAAGUGAACAGGCAUUUGUGGGACAAUUCUACUGCUAAAAAUUAUGUUCACAUAUGAGGAAGGUAGAUGCAAAAUCUUCAUUGGACUGAUGGUGGACGGUUUACAGGUUGCGUGAAUAUAGCUACUUCAAUCGGUUAGCAUAUACUCCGAAUCGAAAAGGUAAGAGUUUUGAAUUUACACGUUCUAAACGCCAGAAGGAUUUGUAUAUUUUGAUUCUUGCUUUGGCUAUGGUUUUGGUAUUAUAUUCCAACAUUUUAAUGUGGGGUGAUGGCCUCUCACAGCAAAAGUUGUCAGUCAAAAAGAGAAAUUUUCUCUGUUUCUGUUGUCUAUUGAAUCUGUUUUGGUUGGAAGCUUGUAGAUGUUUAAUUGCUUUGAUGAUAUAUACAUUUGGCAUUCAAUCUCUGAAUGAUGCAAUCUGUCUUGUCACAUUA